AAUAAAGAAACUGUCUUCCAUAGAUUAAAUGACUAUACUCAGAAUUAUUGUAUGAAAAGACAAUUUUCUGUUUUUAUUUAGGAAAAAAAUUCCAAGAAUGUCAAAGCUCCGUUUGAAAUUCAAACUCUGCAGAAAAAUUUGAAAUAUUUUCUGUUGUGCUCAGUGACAUAAAUUUGAAAUGAAAUGGUCUCGUGCAUUGUGUGUUGUGUAUUCGUUUCCUGAAAAAUUAGGGGCUUAAGAUCUUAAGAAUGAAUAGGAAUUUUGGAGAAAGUUCAGAUUACUCUGAUGAUGACAGUUCUAUAAUUAUAAGUAAAAAAGCAAUGGUUAUAACAGACACUACUGAUGAUGAAGAAAAUGAUACUGAUGACGAGAAAUCACAGUCUAUCAUUGAUGAUAGCCCGAUAAAAAAUGACAAAUCUGAGAGUAGUUUAUUAAUUACAAGUACUCCAGAUGAUGUGGUAUCAAAAGUACGAGGAAAAAGUUAUUUUUCUGCAUCUGUACUUGAAAAACAAUCGGUCUCUAAUAGUCUUAGUCAAUCUAAAAAUGAUGAAGUAGAAUCAGAUAAAUCAAAUUUGUUGAGUAUUUCUGAAUAUGAUAAAAAACAUAUGGGAAAGAAAAAAGAAUCAUCUCUCACUUCUACAUUGAAGAAAUAUGAUAAUUUUGGUACUCAAGGACGCGAUCAGAUAUUGAUAUCAUCAGAUAGCGAAGAUGCCAUGAAACCUUCUAAUAGGGGACGCUCAUUCAUGACUCCCCAAAAUAAAAAAGUGGAAAUUGAAAAUUCCGAUACAGAGGACUCUGAUCUCGAUUCUGAUAUUAUCGAUACUAGUCAAAUUCUUGAUGACUCUUUCAAUGCGGAAACUCCCAAACCAAAAACUCAAAAUGAAAACUCUGUAAUAGUAUCUAGUGAUUCAGAUGAAGUAGAUACUAUAAGAAGAACCAAGGAUAACAAACAAAGUAAAGGUAGCAAGAUGCAAACGAAAUUGGAUGAUCUUUUUAAGAAACUAGAACCCCCUAGCGCUCAAAAAAAAAGUAUUGAUAACUCACAGAAAAAAGUAGAAUGUAAGAGGACAGAAUAUAAUGACCAGCUGAUGUUGGUCAGAUCAAAAGAACAAGAAAUGCUUAAAGCACAGAAAAUCAUGUCUACGAUCAAUAUAUCCAAUCUUCCUGAUAAAGGUCUGCUAUUAAAAAAACGCUUCGAAGAAACCAAAGCAAAAUUUUUGGAAGCCCAAGAUCGACUACGAAAUAUGAUUGUUGCUGAAGAAGAUGUACCUGUAGAACAAGGAAAAAAGCCAGUAGUGGACUGGAAUAAUCUAGAAGCUGGUAUUGCCAUUGUCCAACCCAAAACUUAUGGCAAGAAAGGACUGGAAAAUUACCAAAAUCAAAAAGCUCUCACCGUUGAAAGCUUGGAGCAACUUCACGGUUCCUUGAAAAAUUGUCCUAAAGACGACCAGAUGGCAGACGAACCCAAAGGAAUUAAGGUCACCCUUAUGGAUCAUCAGAGAAGGGCCUUGGCCUGGUUGAUGUAUAGAGAAGAGCAAAAGCCACCUGGGGGCAUUCUAGCGGAUGAUAUGGGUCUCGGUAAAACGCUCACAAUGAUAUCUCUCGUGCUGAAAACGAAAGAAAAUGAAAUUGACCAUGAUGACGAGAGGGACGAAGAAAAGGAGUCCCUCUCUAAGAGACACAGAAAAUAUAACGGAGGCACUUUGGUUGUCUGCCCUGCCAGUCUUCUUAACCAAUGGGCUCAAGAGAUAGACGUUAAACUGCGAAGAGGAAUGCUAUCUUAUAAUGUUUAUCAUGGACCGAAAAGGGAGGACAAACCUAAAAGGCUUGCGGAGCAUGACGUUGUUAUUACAACAUAUAGCAUAGUGAUGAAUGAGAUGGAGAGAGAAGGAGCUAUAUUCCGAGUGAGGUGGAGGAGAAUCAUUCUCGAUGAAGCUCAUCAGAUAAGGAAUCACAAAGCGCAAACUUCUAUUGCUUGCUGCGCUCUAACCGGUAAAUACAGAUGGGCCCUCACAGGCACCCCAGUUCAUAAUAAGGAACUUGAUAUGUAUGCUCUAUUGAAAUUUUUGAGAUGUUCACCUUUCGACGAUUUAGGCGUCUGGAAGCGGUGGGUGGGUGAUAAAGGAAGCGGUGGGGGCGAAAGAUUGACAACUGUUAUAUCAUCGUUGAUGUUGAGACGAACUAAAGCUGAACUGAUGGCAAAAGGAGAGUUGAACAGUAUGCCUACUCGCAAAUGGGACCUAAUUCCGGUUACUUUAGAUGAGAGCGAGAUGAGCUUAUAUCAAAAAAUCCUAUUAUUUUCCCAGACUUUAUUCGCGCAAUUUUUGCAUCAGAGAGCCGAGAAAAACCAAGAUAUUAUUAACUUCAGAAAUCCAAACGCCGAUACCAAUAGUGAGUACUUCAAAAUGAGGAAAAAAUUGCUGGCUUUGAACCAAAUGAGAGAAGUAAACCAGCACGAAAUCUUGGUUCUGUUACUCCGCUUGAGGCAGAUCUGUUGUCAUCCAUCGUUAAUUACAAAUAUGCUGCAAGGUGAUGAAGAUUUAGGAGAUGAUGAGCCUGAGGAACAGGAAGAAAUCAACCUUCUAGAUCAGCUGAAUAAAUUGAAUUUGGACGAUCAGCCAGAUAUUUCGCCAGUGGGAGAAGUGGUGGGAUUCAAAGAGGCUACGAAGGGUAUUUUGAACCCGUCACAUCCGCUGUUUGCUAAAGAUCGUAUGAGUAGCAAGGUGAAAUCAGCCAUGCAAUUGAUUCCCAACAUAUUAUCAAGUGGGGAUAAAAUCAUUGUAGUAUCGCAAUGGACAAGCUUCCUUGAACUAUUCGGCUGGCAUCUGAAAGAAGCAGGUAUAAAAUUUACGAAAUUGGAUGGAAAAGUUCCCACAUCGAAAAGAACAGAAAUGGUGACGAACUUCAAUGAUCCAAACACUAAAGUCAAGGUUUUACUAUUGUCGUUGACUGCCGGUGGAGUGGGUUUGAAUUUGGUGGGAGCGAAUCACCUCUUUCUGCUAGACCUGCAUUGGAAUCCUCAGCUGGAAAAUCAAGCUCAAGACAGAAUAUACAGAAUGGGCCAGAAGAAAAAUGUGAACAUUUAUAAAUUCAUGGCCAGCGAAACUAUUGAGGAGAGGAUUAAAAAGUUACAAGAGAAUAAAAUUCAGAUAUCAGAAAGUAUGCUGACUGGCUCGAAGCAUGCUAUCGGUAGUAAACUUAGUUUACAGGAUUUGAAAAUGUUGUUCAGUAUGUGAAAGCAAUUUUAUGAUGUGAUAUUCUACAUUAAGUUAUGACUUAAAAAUUUUAUACUUCAAUCAUUAAAAAUUUUGAUAAUAAAGUGUUAUUUGAACUA